AGAGUGCUGUGUUCACGGAGUUCUUGCAGUCGGUGCGGCGGUAUUCCUCCGUGUAAUGGUUAAAUACUACUGGUACAGUAGUAUUAACGCAGCCCAUUCCCUCUUGCUCCCUUAUUCUCUGGGCCGCCACUCGUCGUUCUUGGUUUCCGCCAUGAAAUCUCUCUAGCCGCUCUGCUGCUCUUUCUUCUUUCCCCGCUUCCCCGGGGCUGGUUUUUGCCGGUUUCUCUUCCAGUUAGGCCUCGAUUUGGGGUUUUCAGCAUAUUUGCUCGGGGCUUAGGUUUAGGUUUAAGUGAUUGGCGAGGAGGAAUUGGGGAUUCAGGGAUUGUGCCUCUUGUUCUUUCCCCAAGGAUUUUUAUUCCCUUGGGUUACCCGGAGAAAAAAAAACCAUACUUAUUCCUGGUGUAUUUCUAUUCUAUUUGGGGAGUUGAGACUUGAGAGCAGUCGGUGGCUACAACUUUUGGAGUGACGCAUUGCAACUCUUUUGCUACUAUUUUGCUCGCACCUUUUCCUGAUGUUAAGGCAGAAGCACUCUCUUUUUAGUUGGAAUUUCUGGAUAGGCCAUAGUUGGUACUUUGUGUUGGUCAAUAUUGGUCUUUUGACUCUUGAGCUUUGUCAAAAAACAAAUUUCACGGGUUGCUGGGUCUUUUUCUGAAUCCAGCCUAGUUCCUGCUUGGUUUCAGUCGUUGCAAAGUUAGUUCGUGUCAAUCGUGACUACAGUUCCUGAUUAGUCAUCUUCCGCUCAGCACUGCAUGAGGAGAUCUCUCUGCGUCACUUCAUGUGCCAAUGUUGACUGAUCAAACAUGCAUAUGCUGGUGGUAGCUGAGAAAGGAGAACCACCUUUUUCAUCUUUCGGAUAGUUGAUGGUUAUGGACCGCACGGGUUGGCUCUGGAGGCGCAAGUCUUCGGAUAAUAGUCUUGGGGCAAGCGACAGCUCUGUGCCCCUGUCAUCGCAUUCUCAGUGCUGCUCCGGCGAUCAGGAGGUUCUGAGGUCUGUCUCAAACAAUGCUUCAGCACAUCAUGGUCAAUCACCCAAAGUCUCUUCGAGGGUUAGGCAUGAUGAGACCCAAGAAACUGGAGUACCAAAGUUGUCGAAUGAGAAGUUAACAUCGAGAGUUAAUUUAAAUGGUUUUUCUCCACAGCGUGGUCAGUCACUAGAACCAUACCUAUCAUCAAAUGGAGAUGAAGAGACCAAGGAGACCAUGAAGAGUCUGAAUGAAAAACUUGCUGCUGCCCUUUUGGCUAUUAAUGAUAAAGAGGAUCUGGUUAAGCAGCAUGCUAAAGUCACAGAGGAGGCUGUUGCAGGUUGGGAACAAGCUGAAGUUGAAGCUACUGCCAUCAAGAAGCUGCUUGAAGCUGCUUCCCAUAGAAAUGAUUAUCUCGAGGGUCAAGUCAGCCACCUAGACAAGGCCCUCAAGGAAUGCGUGAGGCAGCUGCGCCUGGUACGGGAAGAACAAGAGGAGAUAAUACGUGAUGCACUUACCAAGAAGUCCCAUGAGUUGGAGUCUGAGAAUUCCAAGCUGCAAAACCAUAUUGCUGAGCUGAAGAAGCAGCUGGCAGCAACCAAAUCAGAAGCCUCCACUGUGUCUGCACAGCCUGAUCUACAAGAGAAGCUUCAGACAAUCGAGAAAGAGAACGUGGAUCUCAAGGCCAAGCUCCUUGUACAGUCCAAGGAUCUGAAGAUACUCUCACUGGAAAAAGACUUGAGCAAUCAAGCAGCAGAGACAGCUAGCAAGCAGCACCUGGAAAGUAUAAAAAAGAUUGCUAGGGUUGAGGCAGAAUGCCGCAGGUUACAUCAUCUAGCUCAGAAAACAGCAUUGGUCAAUGAUUCUAGACCUCCACCAAGCGCAGAAUCACUUACUGACAGCCACUCUGAUAGUGCAGAAUGUAUGGUUGCUGUUGAUAGUGAAUUGAGAAAUUCUGACUUGUGGGCAUCUGCUCUUAUUACGGAGCUUGAUCAGUUCAGGAAUGCGAAGGCUAGUGUAACAAAUAUUAUGAAUAAUCCUGUUGAGAUUGACCUAAUGGAUGAUUUCCUUGAGAUGGAAAGGUUGGCUGCAUUGCCUGAAUCAGACCAGACAAGUUCUACCUUCGAUAUGGAGACAGAUUCCGACAAGGCUGUGACGAGAAACAGCUCUUCUAAAAUUGAAAAUGAAGAAUUGCGGCGUCAUGUUGCAGAUUUGCAUUCGAGGGUUGAAAUAGUUGAAAGCGAUAAGAAGGAGCUUGAGAUAGCUCUGAUAGAGGCUAGAAAUCAGCUUGACAUCUCCUGUGACGCACUAGUGGCGGCAAGGAACAGGCUGGUUGAAAUGCAAAUGCAAUUGGAUUUGGCAAAUGACUCCAAAUAUGCUGCUCUAGGAGAUGUGGGUCGAUUGGACUCGGAGAAGAAGGCUUUGGAGUUUCAACUGGAGUCCAAAUCUGUAGAAGCUGAGGAGCUACAUGCAAUUGUUGCUUCAUUGGGAGGAAAUGCAGAAAAGAAGGAAUUUGAGUCACAGUUAGAACUGGUGUCAGCCGAAGCGUCAGAGCUUCGGGUGACUGUGGCAUCAUUGGAAGGGAGGAUUGAAACCGAGACUGCUCUUUCUAUGCAGCACAAAGAAAAAUCAGAUGCUGCAUGCAAUGCUAAAGAAUUGUUGGAGACACAGCUGUAUUCCGCAAAAGCUGAAGUGCAAAAACUGCAUGGCAUCAUCAAAUCACUAGAGAAUCAGGUAGAAGAAGAGAAGGCACUGCAUGAUGAACUCAUGACACAAUCAUUGCUGAAGAUUGACGCAGCUGUUGAGGCUGUUAAAGAACCAUUGGAGGUACAGCUGUGUUCUGCAAACACUGAAGUAGAGAAACUGCGUGGCAUUAUCGAAGCAUUAGAGAGUGAGAUAGAAAAGGAGAAGACAGUGCAUGAAGAACUGACAGCACAGCUAGACAUGAAGAUUGAAGCAGAGAGAACUCAUUCUGAGGCUGUCAAGGAAUCAUUGGAGGGAGAGCUAUAUUCAGCAAAUAGUGAGGUAGCGAAGCUGCGUGAUAUCAUUAAAGCGCUAGAAAAUGAGGUAGUUGAAAAAGAGAAGGCAUUGCAUGAAAAAAUGGCAGAAGCAGAGAAGUCUCUUUCUGUGGAGUCUGUUAAAGAAUCAUUGGAGGCAGAACUCCAGUUAGUCAACUCUGAAGUUGUGAAACUGCGUGAUAUGGUGACAGCGCUUGAGCAUGAAGUGGUGAAGGAAAAGGAGUUCUCUGACGAGCUCCAGCUGCAGCUAGAAGCUCUAGAGGCCAUAAAAAGGGUGUUGGAGUCAGAGGUUGAGUCUGCACAUCAGGAUGCCCGGCAGCUUAAGGAGAAGGUUGAGUUGUUUGAAGCAAAACUGCAGGAACAGAUGUUUUCAGCAGCGGAGUUCACUGCUAAGGAAGAGUCUGUGCAGUCACAAAGAACGGCAAUGGAGCAUCAACUUGUAGCAUCAAAGGCGGAUGUUGUGAAACUGACGGACAUGGUGAGCUUACUGCAAGGGGAUGUUGUGCAGGAGAGGUUGCUGUCAGAAGAUUAUGAACAGAAAUGCUGCAAGCUGGAGGCUCAGUUGUCAAGGGACAUUCGGGACGCAAAACUCUGGAGGCUUGCAAACUCAAAUGGAGACCUAAAGACCAAGCAGGAGAAGGAGCUUGCUAAUGCAGCGGGGAAGCUUGCAGAGUGCCAGAAGACCAUUGCUUCACUGGGACGCCACUUGAAAUCACUGACAGACAUUGACAACGUGGUGCUGGAGCCUGGACUAGGACUACUGCUGGAACCCAGGGACAUCGCACUAGACUUGAGAGCCAGUGAUCCUGGCCACCUUCAAAAAAGAAGCACAGGCUCGAACUUUGCAGUCUUCGCUGACGAGUUAUAUGAUCUUGACCUUCCGGAUGGCGACGUGGGCUGCUUUUCGCCACUCCCGUCGAUGAUUCGACCUUCAUCACCCCCUCCCUCGGAAAUGUCGGUGUUUGCAGGGGGGCUGUCAUCGCUUAGUAGCUACCGGGGCAAGAGAAGAAAGUAAGAACUGAUGGACUAUUAGAAUGUCAAGAUUGACGCUUAACAGUUUAUGGACAGCUCUCAUCUGUAGGAGAGGAGCAGGAGAAGAAAGGAGAGAUUGUCCGCAUUGUUCGGCUAACAGUUGAUUGAUGCUCUCAUCUGUAGAGGUAGUAGAUCAGUGUAAAUUUACAGAUACUGAUUGGUAGAUUUGUGUGCCGAAAAUUCCAUUCUAGCAAGCUCGGUUUUAUCACAGCCUGCUUGAUGAAGUCUUACUGUACUGUAUGGGUGCUGGCUGUUUGCUUCAAAAUAUAAACUCGGUACUCGGUGUACUGGCUGUGUUGACUACGCAUUUAUAGUGGUUUGUGCGGUUUUUA